AUACUUUAGGGUCAUAUUUUCACACUUUUCCGUUUUCGAUACUUGCUAAAUUAUAUUUGAACAAAGAAUAUGAAUGCACUUUGAAAUAGCCUCCAUCCUUUGUGGAUAACAAAACACAUUCUAUCACCUCCCUAUCCUUAAGCUUUGCAAUUUUGCUCCUUCACUACAACAUCAACAACAACAACAACAACAAUGUCUACUUCUUUAUCUUUCUUUUCUUCCACCAUUUUCCUCUCUAACCCCAAAAGCAACAUCCACUCUCAAAAGCAGCGCGUGUUUUUCAAACCCCUCACUGCCACCACCACUAUCCGUUCAGAAGCAAACGCCACAGCCACAGCCACAAUUCCAAUUCUAUCCUUCGAUGGCACCGAAGUGGGGUCCACAACGCUCAACAUAAAAUCCGCCCCACUCGACACCGCACGCGCCGUCGUCCACCGUGGACUCACAACAGACCUCCGUAACGCACGCGCUGGUACUGCUUCAACUCUCACACGCGCUCAAGUACGUGGUGGUGGUAUUAAACCAUACCCACAGAAGAAAACGGGCCGGGCUCGACAAGGUUCGAAGAGAACACCAUUGAGGCCCGGUGGUGGUGUUGUGUUUGGGCCUAAGCCUAAAGAUUGGUCAGUUAAGAUAAACAAGAAAGAAAAAAGACUUGCUAUUUCAACUGCACUUUCAAGUGCUGUUGAAAAUGCUAUUGUUGUUGAAGAAUUUGGUGAUAAGUUUGAUAAACCAAAGACUAAAGAGUUUAUUGAGUUAAUGAGGAGAUGGGGUUUGGAUCCUAAAGAGAAAGCUUUGUUUUUAAUGACUGAAGUUGAUGAAAAUGUGAUUCUUUCUAGUAGAAAUAUUAGGACAUUGAAGAUGUUGACACCAAGAACUUUGAAUUUGUUUGAUAUUUUGGAUUCUGAGAAGUUGGUGUUCACCAAAUCAGCUGUGGAGUUCUUGAAUGAACGAUACGGGAACGAUGAUAAUGAUAAUGAAUGGGAGUUCGAGGAAGAAGAACAAGAUGGUGGUGAGGUGGAGGAGAGUGCUGAAAGUUCUGAGUAAUAUAUCAACAUUGGGCAGAAAGGGUCAAUUCCAUUUUAGAAGAGAAAGUGUAUCAGCAAUGGCUUUGCAUAUUUCACUUUGAAUUGUAUUGUAUGAUAAAACUAGGCGAUUUUGGUCGAUUUCUAGUCACCAUCUGUAUUCGUGCAUUGCUUUUGGAGAAAAUGGAACUUUGUGUUGUUAGUUA